ACCCCCCAGCAAGGCGCAGCCAACACUGGAGCGACUGGCCAGCAGACCCCCCAGCAAGGCGCAGCCAACACUGGAGCGACUGGCCAGCAGACCCCCCAGCAAGGCGCAGCCAACACUGGAGCGACUGGACAACAGACCCCCCAGCAAGGCGCAGCCAACACUGGCGCAACUGGCCAGCAGACUCCCCAGCAAGGCGCAGCCAACACUGGCGCCACUGGCCAGCAGACUCCCCAGCAGGGCGCAGCCAACACUGGCGCAACUGGCCAGCAGACCCCCCAGCAAGGCGCAGCUGGACAGCAACAGGGUGCCGCACAAGGACAGCAGGCUCAGGGUCAACAGGCCCAAGGUCAGCAAGCGGGUGCUGGCGCUGCUAACGGAGCUGCCAACGGAGCCGCAGCUGGUGGUGCUGCCGCAGGUGCUGCUAACGGAGCUGGUGCCGCCAAUGGCGCUGCCGCAGGUGCUGCUAACGGAGGCGCUGCUGCUGGCGCUGCUAAGGGCGCCAAGGCCGCAAAGGGUAACUAA